UUAAGUCUCGCGAUAUCUGGGUCUUAAUAUCCACUCCAUGCUCGUAUAGCCGAAGGAGACUGAAGGAUGGCCGUUUCGGUGGUUUUGAGCACAGCUAGGCAGCUUUGGAGGCCGACUCUGCUGGUACCUCGAUCGGUGCAGACUAUAACAGAUGGCAAACACAGAAAUAUUGCCUCACAACAGAGUAUUCCUCCCCCAGCCAAGUAUGGCGGUCGCCAUACAGUGACCAUGAUCCCAGGAGAUGGGAUUGGGCCAGAGCUCAUGCUUCACGUCAAAGAAUUGUUCCGGCAUGCCUGUGUACCCGUGGACUUUGAGGAAGUUCUAGUGAGCUCAGAGGCUUCUGAAAGUGACAUACAAAAUGCUCUCAUGGCUAUCCGCCGUAACCGUGUGGCCCUCAAAGGAAACAUCGAGACAAACCAUAACCUGCCACCUUCCCACAAGUCCCGGAACAACAUAUUGCGUACUAAUUUGGAUCUCUUUGCCAAUGUGAUUCAUUGCAAGAGCCUUCCAGGUGUGGCAACCAGGCACCAUGACAUCGACAUCCUCAUUGUCCGGGAGAACACAGAGGGGGAAUACAGCAGCCUGGAACAUGAGAGUGUCUCUGGCGUGGUGGAGAGCCUCAAGAUCAUCACAAAGACAAAGUCGCUGCGUAUUGCUGAAUAUGCUUUCAGGUUGGCACAUGAAGCUGGUCGCAAGAAAGUGACAGCUGUCCACAAGGCCAAUAUUAUGAAACUGGGUGACGGUCUGUUCCUGCAGUGUUGCAAAGAGGUGGCAGCUGGCUACCCAAACAUCACCUUUGAGAGCAUGAUUGUUGACAACACCACCAUGCAGCUGGUUUCCCGUCCUCAGCAAUUUGACGUCAUGGUUAUGCCUAACCUCUACGGCAAUAUUGUCAACAAUGUCUGCGCCGGAUUGGUUGGCGGUCCAGGCCUGGUCCCAGGAGCCAAUUAUGGCCAUGCCUAUGCGGUUUUUGAAACGGCCACACGCAAUACUGGCAAAAGUAUUGCAGGCAAGAACAUUGCAAACCCCACAGCAAUGCUCCUCGCCAGCUGUAUGAUGCUGGAUCACCUUAGAUUGCACAGCUACGCAUCUGUGAUCCGCAAGGCAGUCCUAACCUCCAUGGAUGAUGUGGAAACCCACACGCCAGAUAUUGGGGGCCAGGGUACCACCUCAGCCGCUGUUCAGUCAAUUAUGAAGCAGAUCACCCAGCCUAGGUCUCACCUAGCACAGUAAAUGAAGCUGAAGUUCAAAGCUGUCCCAGCUACAGCAGAUACCCAUUCUUUUUCUUCAGUAAAAGCAACGGAGCAACUCUUUAUGAAUGGUGCAGACCUUUUCAUUUCAAACUAUUCAAGUAUCCUUUUUCUGUAUAUAGUGUGUAAGUUAAUGUUUCUCACCCAGCUCUAUGAACUAGGGAUAAUAAAUAUAAACAGUUUAGAGAGGU